AUGGGCUCGACGCAAUUUGGGAAAUUUCACCUUUUUGUUGACAAUAACCAACCCCCUAAUAAAGCCUUCGAUGGCUGUCCGCUCACAGGCAUUACGCUUAGCGGUAAUCGUUAUCUGGGUAAUUUGGGCUCUAUCCUGCUCGCCUUCAUUUCCAUCCUAACAUCGCUUUUGCUACUAUGGAGAUCAGAACGGAAACAAGCAGCAGUCGGCAGAAGAGAGAUACAGUUGUUCUUGCUCGGCUUCAUAGUCAUUGAAAUCUGCGAGAUUUUUACCGUCGGUGCUUUCCCUCUCGACGCAGCGGUCCGAAAAGGAUUUUCGGCCGUGCACAUUGCCGCGAUCACCGCUACGUGUUGGGUUCUUUUGUUGAACGCCUUGGUGGGCUAUCAGUUUCUCGAUGAUGGUACACCCGCUUCGGUCGGUCUCAUCUCGGCGUCUGCCUUGGUUUUCUUCAUUGGCACCGGCUAUAUUGCCCUCGAUACUGGAUUCAAUUGGACCGGCGAGUUUAAGCCCGAUCCGUCUACCGAAUACCGAAACAUCGCCCUCUAUGUGCUCUACCAGCUCUUCCCACUCAUCUGUCUCGUCCUAUUUUACGUUUUGGAGGCCGUUUUGGUGAUCCAAGUACUGGGCGAGUUCCGCCCAAUGUUUUACUUGUCCGGCGCCGGCUUGCUUUUUGCCAUAGGUCAGAUAUUUGAAUAUGUCAUCAGCACCCAUAUUUGUCAAGCCACAAACGGGAAGAUCAACGGUGCAUUAUUUGAGACUCUGUUUACUCUCCUCUCAGUCGUUAUGAUUUGGAUCUUUUGGAGCAGUAUUACUGAGGACGACUGGCCCAUGCCGACAGGACCUGGCGGAUACAAUUAG